CAAAGACAUCUCGCAAACAGCUUUUACGCCCACUGCUUAGCUACGAGCACCUGACGGCAAAGAAGAGCAUUUCUAGGGCUGUUCGCAACCUCUCUCGAUUUCCACCGCAUGCGCAUGAAAGCUGCGGCAAGCACCACCACUGUCACGAACUAGCAGCUCCUAGCGCGAAUCCCUCCCGGGCACCGCGAGGAAAAGUUUCCGUCAAGCGAAAGAAUUGCGCUAGCAGCAGAAUCGAGUUCUGCGCGCGAAGAGUGCUUGUUGCGGUCAAGAGCUACUAUGGCCACAUCACGGUCAAGCGCAAGUGCACCGGGGCUUGACUUCGAGCCGAGCCGACCGAUGCAGGACGCCUGGCGCCACACGCCCCGCAGCCAAGGCCACGGCUCUGAUGAGAGCGAGCCCUCCGCCGCCGCCCACCAGCAGGAGCAGCAGGAGCCUGCCCCCAGCGCCUGCUGCUUUCCUCACAAGUCCUGCAUGCGCUGGUGCUAUGCCAGCCUAUCUGCUGGCUGCAGGAGCGCCCCCUGCCAGCUUUGCCAUGCCUACGACAACCACUGGCGCCCGCAGAAGCCGCCCGGCCUGCCCAAGGUGCCCAAGCUCGCGGCUCCGACCAAGCCCGCCGCCGCUGCAAGCCCCAUCUCCACCUCCACCGUCGACCGCAGCUCGACCACGCCGCGAUGGGGCGAUGAUGAUGAGGAUGAGGCUGACGGACUCGACCUGAGCGACCUCUUUGAGCAGACGCCCUGGGUGAAGCAGGGACUGGCGGAGCUCGCGGCGGCCGAGCAGCAGCAGGCGGAAGCCGCACCGGCCGCGCCCGCGGCAGCGUCAGAGUCUGACGGCAGCAGCAGCAGCAUUGCUCCUCGCGCCAGCAUUAGCAGCAGCGGUGGCGCGAGCGGUAGCUGGGCGGAUGAGGUUGAGGCGCACGAGGAGGCGGAGGAGGAGCUCGACCUCGGGUCGCUCGCAGACUGGAUGAAGGAGGGCCUGGCGGAGCAGGCGGCGGCGGCAGCUGUCAGCGGCACCGGCGGCACCCCCAGCGGCCGCCGCUGGGCGGAUGACGUUGAGGAGGAGGAGGAGGAGCUCGACCUCGGGUCGCUCGCACACUGGAUGAAGGAGGGCCUGGCGGAGCAGGCGGCGGCGGCAUCAGCUGCCAGCGGUACCGGCGGCACCCCCAGCGGCGGCCGCUCGAGCUGGCGGCGGCGGCGUGGGCCGAGCAGGAAAGGGAGCUGGAGGAGUUUGCCGCGUUGGAGCGCGCGUGCGGCUGCUUCCCGCCACCGGCAGCGGUGGCGGCCUGGUAGCGGCAAGGCCCGCUCCGUUCCGUUUGGCUUCCGUGUUACGCCGUCAGCUGCAUGAGCCUGCAGCCAGCGGCUUGCUGCCUUCGCCAUUUGAAGAUGCAGCAGUAGCAGUAGCAGCCGCAGCCGCCGCAGCUUUGGUGCUGGUGGCCGGGCGCAAGAGGGGCUCCUCACACGUACGUGUGUGGAUGGUACAGUAUCGAAGCGAGCCAGCAGCAGGGCAUGAGGAGUGUGUUGAAUGGCAGGCGGCAAAGCCUGCAGCGUAUGCGUGCAAGUAUAGACAGCUAGGCAAAUCGCCGCUACUAGCUACUGAUCGGGCCCACUAUCAAGUGAACCAGCAGGGCUGUGCCGCCGCACAUUUCUCAUUGUCAGCACGACAGCAGGGCGUGCUACGGUAGUCGGCGUUUACCGCAGGAGUCAGGACUGAUUCGCGCAAGUGUUGCCGUGCUGUACUGAUAUUUCACCGUAUGUGAGCGAGCGGGAGUGUCAAAGGCCGUACUUGAUGCUGGAUUGCUAGCGCAAGCAAGCACUCAGUGCGAUAUUGCCACGCGCAUUGGGUGAUGUAUGGAUGUCUAUUUCUCUACUGAGACUUGCCAACUAAACCCUGCUGAUGUUUCUUAAUAAGAUGUAUGUGUGACUGUAUGGGACCGGGGAACCGGCAGCCUCCCUUGGCCAUACUAUGGACCUGCUGGUGUUUUGCUCUCGCGCGUGCGUUUAUUUGCUGAGCGGGAGGGUGGCAGGUGGCGAGGGGCGCUGUGCCAAUGGACGCAGGGCUGCCUGGGGCUACAGGUUCGUAAUGGGACGGAGGAGAGGUGACGUCCGAAACGAUCUAUCGCACGGGUGUGACAGAAGGAGUGCGGAGAGGAAGCCCGUGGAUCCGUGUGUGUGCGCGUACCGCGGUGACACACAAAGAAGUAUCGAGGUUACCGUAUCUUGGCUCGCUGCAGGAGCGGGCACUAUGUUUUCUGUUUACGAGACUCGAGUGGGCUGUCAGUGACACGACGUGUACGUUCUGUGUGUGCAAGUUCCUCCGACCCUUCUGGCAUUCCAGAUGCCAGGAACCGGCAUCAGUGUGCUUGACUUGAGACUGGCAUUGAUUCUUACAUACUAGACCCCUUGGCUCUUUAGUAAAUGCGCGAGGACCCUUGAGGAGGCCGGAUCCUAUAUCCACAGGUCCAUUGAUUCUUUCCAUCCAUGCAUGGGUGCAGUAGACCUACUAGCUUUCAUUUCUCUAGACCUACUUGUUGCCUUAUCAUCAUCCGACAUUCGAUAGGCGGGUGUGCACUUCUAAUGCUGAGGUGGGUGUGACUUGAUUUGUGGUUUGCGGUUCGUUGGGGCUAGAGAAGCGUGCGACCGUGCGCGGAGAUGCUUGCUGUGCAAGGACGGGCGGCUGUCACUUGCGUGUGUGGCGUGUGGAUUUCGCGCACACGCUCUGCGGACAUUGGAGUUCGAGUACGGUAUGUGACGAACGGAGAGCACGUGUGGGCGGCUGGAUGCAUGGUUUGUCAACAUCGGGAACUGAUGGGCACCGUCCCUGCCGAAGCUAGCAGACUGCACGGAAAUCAUGGCAAGGCAACAACCGCGCUUGGGCGGGCUGUAACUGUAAGGCAGUUCCACU